AUGUCUGAUGCUUUCGAAGCUCUUGGAACAAAGGUGACGUUGGCGAAGUCUACAGACUGGUAUCCUUGGGAAGACCUCUUCCUUCGUCAUGCCAAGUCGCUCCUGGUGUACAAAUACAUCGACAAGGCUACAACCCUCUCGCCAGUUGAGCCAACUAAGCUGAAGCUCACAGAACAACUAGCAAAGCUUAAAGAGUCCAAAGGAGAUGAGACGAUUACCCUUGAGGACCUUACUUGGCUCAAAUUCGAGGUUGAACAGUCAGACAAGGAGUAUCGGGCUUGGUGGCAAGAGAGGCAGGCCUAUUCCAAGCUAGAACGUUGGGUAUUCGAGACUGUUGACCCUGCCUACGUGCGUGUAAUCUCUCGCGACGCGACUCUUCGAGAGAUCUACGUACAGCUCCAGGAACGAUUCGGUAUCUCUGACUCCUCUCGCACGGAAGAAGCGCGAGCCGCCUACAAGAAGGCUCUAGUUACUACUAAACGAAUCAAGCCCGACGACUGGUUCAACCAGUGGGAACGAGCCUAUCUCGAAGGCACAAGAAUGAAAAUACCUGACCUCGAGGGCACUCUAGCCAUUACAGAGUUCCUCGAGGCUGCCGUAACCAUUGACGCGGAAUGGGCUCGUGCGAAGCUUCGCACCCUUCGUGAGCAACAAUACGAGAAGUCGGUCACGAUGACCCUCCUGGGCGUUAGUCGCCUUUUCCAACAAGUCUGCCGUGACAACGCCAAGAAUAAGACCUUGACCUCGCCCGCGGCCUUCUCGACAGGCACGCCGCAGGACAACAAGGGUCACGAGUGUGCUUGUGGGUUCAACAAGAAGAAUCAUUCCUGGAAGCCUGUGGACUGUGCCGCUUGGGAGAUCGCGGUCAACGGCAAGAGCAGCCGUCACGCGGUUGACAGCCGUGUUGCAAAGUGUCGCGAGGCGAUGCCUCUUCCCCGUUGGAAGUCUGUGGUAGAAGCCGUCAGGGCCAAGGCCAAAGACUCGUCUGGCGAUGCCUCCAACGAGGCUCCGUGGCCAUCAGCACACAUGGUCCUUGAUCACUCGGCUGAAGACACCCAGGCAGCCUUCAGCACGAUGCCGCAGGUUCAUCCUCUUCGAGACUCGACCCUCUAUGAUAACUGCGCUAGCACCCACAUCAUCAACUCGCGAGAGCUUCUUACUCGAGAUGUGGUGCCGGCCGGCACAUUGGACGACGUCUUGGUAGGUGACACCGCGAUCCAGGUCCAAUUCCGUGGCACCCGCGUGAUGAAGGGACUUCUCAAUGGCCCCGACGGCCCAGGCACUCGCGAUCUUGUGCUAAAGAACGUUGCCUUCAUCCCGGGCUUCCACACGAAUUUGAUAUCGGGAGACAAGCUUCGGAAGGAGGGUUAUUGGCAUUGCGGCCUCGAUAAUACGAUACGAUUCGGCACAAUGGAACGCAACCGUAUAUUGCUGAAGAUGUCCAAGACGCCCGCCCAAGAAGGCAGCCCACACGAAGGUCGGCGCGACCUGCCCAACCUCGCCUUGACAUCGCACAGCUCUGACACCUUCGUUCGGGGCAUGCGAGCCCACGGGUGCUCGAGCAUCUCUGUGAUCAAGAUUUUCAUCGACAUCUUCUCCUUCGAGGAAGGCUACAACGGCCAUAACUUUAUUCUACUCGCAGCUGACGAAUUCAGCGGCAUGUUCUUUUGCUGGUCGAUGGCUAGGAAGUCCAACGCGUUAGACAUCCUCAUCGACUUCGAAGCUCGAAUUCGCAGGCACUGUGGUGUUUUGAUCAACGCCUUUAAGCUCGACAACGAACGCGCUCUCGUCAACCUCGAAGAUCAACAGGUCUCGCCGUUCCAGGCGUGGGCCUCCGACGAGGGCAUCAUGCUCGAGCUGCCGCCUCCCCAUACAAAAGAGCCCACCGGAGGGGCGGAAAGGCCAGGUGGCAUAAUUCAACAACGCGUGCGUACGGUGAUGGGCAAGCUCCCGCGCAAUCUCUGGCCAGAGGCAUAUCAAGCCCUCACCUACACACACAACCUCUUGCCCAGCGAGAGGAACGGCUGGCGAGAUCCUCGUCAGGUCCUAGACGAGUGGUUCAAUAGGCAUCUCCGCAUCUACGCCUUCGGCUGCCGCGCCUACCCACUUCACAAGGAUCACAAGGCUAACCUUCACAAGAAGGCCUUCAAGAUUAACCCGCGCGCCCACAUCGGCUAUUUGGUCGGGUAUCAUGCCCGUAACAUUUACCGUAUCUGGGUGCCGCAACUACAACGCGUCAUUCUCUCGAGGGACGUCCGCUUCAACGAAGAGCUCUUCUUCGACCCGGCAACUGAGGAUCUCACGAUCCCAAUUCGAGAGUAUCUCCCUUUUGCUGAAGCCGUUGAGCUGCCUCUACAGCGCGCCGACGAGAGCGUCUUGGCGGACUUCCUCGAGGAAUUUGACAACAACGUGUUAGACGUUGACGGUGACGAGAACUCGGGGGGAUCCGAUGACACCUUCAACCCGACAUCGCGGGACCCAACUACGGCCUGCGAGCAACGCUCGCAGCCGCACCGCGAUACCCUCAUCCGACUGCCCAAGCGGUAUCAGGAUCUCGAUCAUCAUCCACACGGCAAAGAGUUCAAGGAGGGCUGCCGCAAUGAGCUUAGGGAUUUGAUCAGACGAGGCACUUGGCGCCUCAUCCACCGGAUGAAGGCCACCUCGACCCCAAUCCCACUCAAAUGGGUCUUCGACUACAAGUUCGAUUCCAACGGAUUCCUUGUUCGCUGCAAAGCUCGCAUCUGUGUACGCGGAGACCUUCAAGAAAAGAGCCUUCACGAGCGGACGUACGCAGCUACGCUCGCCGCGAAGACUUUCCGCACCGUUAUGGCAGUUGCCGCCAAGCGAGACCUCGACGUGCGGCAAUUCGAUGUCGCCAACGCCUUCCUCAACACGAAGAUCAAUAAGGAUUUGAGACGGGUCUUUGUGGAGCUUCCAAAAGGCUACGUUGAGCUGGGCUUCCUCAAACCGGGAGAGAUCGUGACGAUGGUGGCAGAGCUUAACAAAGCUCUCUACGGUCUACGCGAGUCUCCGCUGCUGUGGUAUAAUGAGAUCGCACAGGUCCUCGAGCAACAAGGACUCAAACGCACAGCCGAAGAGCCUUGCGUCUUCACGAACGGCGUAGUGUUGAUCCUGGUGUACGUCGAUGACAUCCUUCUCCUCAGCCCGCGGGGCACCUACACCGAAGACAUCGCGACAUAUCUUCGUAGCCGCUACGAGCUUCGCGAGGAAGCUUUUGGCUGGUAUCUCGGCAUCAGGGUCAUCCGUGAUCGCGAUCUUCGGAAGAUUUGGCUAUGUCAAGACGCCUACAUCGAGAAGAUCGCCCGGAGGUUCAACCUGGCCGACCUCACGAGAACACCAGCUUUUCCGCUUCCCCUCCAGCGGCUCCGCAAGCAUGAUGGCGAGGCCACCCCUGGGGAGAUCAAAAGCUUCCAGGAAAAGGUAGGCUCCAUCAUGUACACAGCUGUCACAGCGCGCCCCGACGUGGCAUUCGCAGCCUCGCAGCUGGCGCGGCACCUCCUCAAUCCCUCCCCGCAACAUCACGAUGCAGCAGACCAAUGCAUUCAAUAUCUCUAUUCAACACGCUUUCUCGCAAUCGAAUUCGACGGACUCGCCCCUGCUGAGGCCCUCGUUAUCGCCUCAGACGCUUCUUUCGCCGACGACGAAGAAACACGCUGCUCCUCACAAGGCUACGUUAUGAUGCUUUAUGGCGGACCAGUGGUGUGGAAGGCAAGCCUGCAAGAUACGGUAACAACGUCAACCACAGAGGCCGAGUUGCUUGGGCUUGAAAAGACAGUCAAGGAAAGCAUCGCCUUGGAAAGGCUGCUCCAAAACAUCGAUCUGGACCUUGGGCCUUUGAAGCUCUAUUGCGAUAACCUCCAGACGAUCCGGCUAGUGGUCGACGAGGGCUUCAGGAUCUCAACGAAGCUACGGCAUGUCGAUAUCCAAGGCAUGUGGCUCAAGCAGGAAUUCCGGCGCGGUCGUUUUCUCGUCGAAUAUCUCCCGACCGAUCUCAUGCCGGCCGACGGCUUCACAAAGGCCCUCACACGAGGAAAAUUCGAGAAAUUCCGUGCGGCGUUGAAUAUGACGGAUAUACGAGAUAGAUUGGGAUAG